AUGUGGCAGAAUGAGGCUGUCUUCCAGGGCUUUGUGGAGCUGAGACGUUCCCUGGCCCUCUUGACCCUCCAGAGGACCCCUCUCUCAGCCACCCUCUCCCUGGUGAUGUCCCAGUGCUGCCAGAAGAUCAAAGACAUGGUACAGAAACUGGCUUCAGACCACAGGGACAUUCACAGCAGUGUCUCCCAAGUGGGCAAAGCCAUUGACAGGGUGGAACUUUGUGAGAUUUGCCGUGUCAUCUCUGACGCAGUGUGGGACUCGCGAGCGAAGCAGCAGCAGAUUCUGCAGGUGGCCAUUGUGGAGCACUCAUACCAGCAGGGCGUGCUCGGUGUGGCCGACGAGCUGUGCCAAGAAUCAACACUGAAUGAGGGCCUGGAUUUCAAGCAGCUUUUCUUGGAGUUGAAUCGAAUCCUGGAAGCUCUGCAUGAACAAGACCUAGGGCUGGCAUUGAAUGGGCUGUCUCCCAUAGGCAGUGCCUGCUCAAGCUCAACAGCCCCCUGGAGUUCCAGCUGCCAAGCACUCAGCACUUCCAGCCCUUUGCUUGGCUGCACCAGCAUGCCCUGCCACCCCCGGGGCUGGACCCUGAACCCCAGGGAGAGGCUGCCUCCUGGGCUCCUGUGCAUCCGGAGCUGCAUCUGGUUGCCUUGUAGAGAUCAGGUGAUGAUGGGCAGUCUGGUGUACUUGUGGCUGGGCCUGAAGAAGUCGCCCUACUGCCACCUCCUGGACAACAGCCACUGGGCCAAGAUCUGUGAGACCUUUACCUUUGAUGCUUUUUCCCUGCUGGGGUUUUCCAUGGAGUCGCCCCUCAGCGUCAGCUUCACCUCUGGCUGUGUGGUGCUGCCAGUGCUGAUGAAUGUCAAAAACGUGAUUGAGCAGAGGCAGUACACAGGGGUUUGGAGUCACCAGGAUGAGUUACUGCUGGCCUCCCCAAAUAUUGAACUAGGCAUGAAGUGCUGGUACCACUUGGUGUUCGCUUGCCCCAUCCUCUGCCAGCACACCUUGGAUUUCAACCCUCCCAUCAGGCUCAUCUGUGGCCAUGUUAUCUCCUGAGAUGCACUCAACAAGCUCAUUAAUGGAGGAAAGCUCAAGUGUUCUUGUCCCAUGGAGCAGAACUUAGCAGAUGGGAAAUGCAUCAUAUUUUGAUUCCUGCCUUGGAAGGAACUUUAUUUAAAAGGGUUUUCACCCGUGAGCCUAGCUCUAUCUCACAGGGGUGGUUGUCUUCAGUGGAUGGUGGUUCUUUCCUGAGCAAUUGUCUGAGUGCAGCCACAGGCAGGGGCCAAAGAGGAAGAUGAACAACCUGGACCGGGCAGCUAGCUCCUUGGCUGGAAGGGCAGAGAGACGAUGGUCUCUGUCCUCCUGCUUAUAUCUGCCACUGACUUGGUAGCAGCCGACAGAGGAGCAGGGGACUUGGGCAGCAGCAGCAGUCCUCUAUCUCUGAGCCAGGUCUGACU